AUGUCCAACUUGGAGAACUUUGAUAUAACAUUCAUUCAGAUCCUCAGACCACAGAGCUCAGUAAUGCAGCAAGACGGUAAUCAACGAGGCUGGUACCAGGCAAAGGUCUCACCGAAGCCACAGUUUGACAUCACUCAGGAGACGACGUCCAUCAGAACAGCAUCGACGACAAGAAUGGGGAAGUUGGACGACAGGGGAGUGGGGUGUUCAUUACUUCUGCUCUUAACCCUCAUUGCCACCUGCUACAGUCAGAGUGUUCCGACCAUUGAUAUGAGUUUCGUGACAUUGAGGGAAGAUCUACUCCCAGGCCAGUUUGCAUUUAAAAUCAAGGCCUCUGAUCCAGACGGUGACCCUCUGACCUAUGCAAUCACCAACGACAAGUACAAUAACUUCGAUGUGUCUGCGAACACUGGUGAUGUCUACAUCAAGACUCCACUCGAUUAUGAGCAUCAGGAUCAGCCGAAUCACAUGUUUUCAGUCGAGAUUUCUGUCAGUGAUGGGACAUUUACAGUAAAAAAAACUAUUACGAUUGUGGUGGAAAACGCAAAUGACAAUGACCCAGUCUUCCAACAUGCACCAUACAACAAAAAAGUGUCAGAGGACACCCCUGUGGGCACCACAGUAUUAACAGUGACGGCGACGGAUAAGGAUGAAGAAGGAGGAACCACGAAGAUCUCCUACAAACUUGAUCAGGCCACUCCGGUUGAAGGACUCAACGUAUUCUCCAUCACAACUCAAGGAGCUAUUGUGCUGAAUCAGGCACUUAACUUCACAGAGAAGAGCACAUACUAUCAGCUCCUGAUCGAGGCAUCUGAUGGCGGUGGACCAUUUCGCAACGAUUCCAACCUCAUUCGGUCUUCCAACGCCACCGCCUUCAUCACAGUAAUCGAUACAGCAGACAUGGAUCCUCAGUUCAUAAAUCUCCCAAACACAGUUCGUGUGAAGGAGCAUUCACUUGUUGGGACGCCAGUGUUUAAGGUUGUGGCCAGAGAUCCAGACACAGGGAUCAAUGAUGUCCUCCGUUACACCAUUGACAAAGCCAACUUGAACAAUUCAUUCGAAAUUAACUCUGAUACUGGCGUUGUCAGCCUCAAGACCGACAUUGAUCGAGAGGCCUUAUUGGAUAUUGAUGCGACUGUGAAACUCACCAUAAAGGCCACUGAAUCUAAACUGAAUGUGAACAACAUCCAUGCAAGCAGCAUAUCUACGCUUGAUGUCUACAUUGAGGAUUUGAACGACCAAAAGCCGCUGUUUUACAAGUGCGAAGGGGAUGCGUGCGUGGAGUCGACCAAUUUCAGCGGCAAUGUGGAUGAGCACGCGUCCGUCGGUCUGUCCGUCAAAGGAUUAAACAUGAAGGUCAAAGAUGCUGAUGCGAACGAGAACAGUCGUUUCUUGCUCCGCCUUGAGGGAACGGACAAGGAUGCGUUUUCUGUCUCGCCCACAGACGACAUGUCAGACCGAGCUGUGCUGAUCCUCAUCAAAGACCCGUCUGCCGUCGAUUACGAGAAAAAGAAAACGAUGAUUGUGCAGGUGGUGGCCACAGAUGCUGGAAAACCUGAGUUUGUAUCUACAGCUACGGUCACCAUUCAAGUCAACGACACCAAUGAUAACAACCCAACGUUUGAAAAAGAUACGUAUAUUUUAACCGUUCCAGAGCACUGCGACAAUGGCACCAUCUUGGUCACCAUUACGGCAACAGAUGAGGACGAGUUGGACAAUGGCCUCUUGACCUACCAACUGCUCCCGGAUAGCAUACUGCCUUACUUUGAUGUCUACCCAAAGAAUGGGACCAUUUAUGUGAAAAACGGACAAGGCUUGGACCGCGAGCGCAAGAACUCGUACUCUGCGACACUUCAGGCCCGAGACUCAGCGGGGAACGUGGGUACCACUGUGCUAGAGAUCACCAUCGAGGACGUGAAUGACCAGAGACCGCAGUUUCUCAGAAAUCCAUAUGAGGUCUUUGUUCGAGAGACAGAAGUGAUGAAAGAUGAAGUCAAGGCUCGAGAUGAUGAUGAGCCAGGCUCUCCCAACAGCGAAAUCAAGUACGCCAUCCAGCCCAGUGAAUACAGUGACAACUUCACUAUCAGUGAAAAAACAGGAGAAAUAACAAGCAUAGGCCCUCUGGACCGAGAAGCCAUUGACAUCAAGCUGAAAGGAGUGAUCACGCUGAACGUGACAGCCACAGACAUGGGCACACCACCGCUGUCCUCUUCGGUCAAGUUCAUCAUCAGCGUCGAUGAUGUAAAUGAUAACUCACCAGUGUUCCUGCAAAAAGUCUACAACUUUCAUGUGAAUGAAAGCGAAAGAGGCGUCACUGUUGGUUUUGUGUAUGCAACCGAUGGCGAUCAAACCGAAUACAACAAUCGCAUAUCAUUCAGGAUUAUAAGUGGCAGCGGGGGCACCUUCCUGUGCGUGCCAGAGCCUGAUGGUGCAGUCUACAAAGGCAAGAUCAUGGUGGAUCCAGAUGUGGCGCUGGACUACGAGAGUGACCACAAGAGCUACACACUGACGGUUCAGGCCACAGACCUCAACAACAAUGCCGAUACAUGCACAGUGCAUAUAGAGGUGGAAGAUGUAAAUGACACGCCACCUAGUUUCCCUCCUGGGUUAACGUGGAAGGUGAACGAGAACUCGCCGCCAGGGACAGAAGUAGGGAAAAUCGUCGGGAGCGACUCGGAUACGCGUCACUCGCUGGUCUAUGGACUUGUUUCUUCCUCAUGCUACUGCAAUCUCACAUGGGCUCCGUGUCAGGAGCAAUGGUUCGCUGUUGAGCUCAAUGGUACCGUGUUGACUACAGAUGGUACAGUGAUCGAUUACGAGGAGUGCACUCAGGUGAAAAUCAUGGCUCGAGUAGAGGACCUUUACACGGAGAAGGGGAAGAACAGCACAGAUGGUGUCGUCACGAUCGACAUCAUCGACAUGAAUGACAAUGCACCGGAGUUCAUCCCAGUCCAGGAAUUUUUUGUCCUGAUUUCUGAGAACAUCGAGCCAGACAAGAGUGUGGCCCGGGUUUCUGCUACGGACAGAGACACGGGAGAAAAUAGGCAGAUCGAGUUUCAGGUCAUCUUUGUGGAGUUUGUCGGCACCAACGUGAAUGACAAGCCAGAGGCGACAGACCUAAUUUUCUACGCCGAAACUGAGCAGCCGGAUACUGAGGGCAACUACAGAGGAAUUAUCAAACCCAACAAUAUCCUGCAAGCUGAAAAACAGGGGAAGUACUUAGUGACUGUGGCGGCAAACAACGGCAUUCUCAGUACGAAUGAGACACUUGAGCUCAUCACGGUGGACCAGUCUUUUAAGGUUAGCCUCCGAUUUGACUCGUCAGUCAGCGAGGUCAACGAAAACCUGCCAUCCAUCAGAGGGACAUUGGCGGAAGCUACAGGUGCAAUGGUGCAUGUCGUGAAAGUAUCCCUUGGCACAAGCAAGACCACACUGAGGAACGCGAUGACCCUUCUCGAGGCGUACUUUGUGUUCCUGAAUGGGUCAGCCCUCAACUCAGAAGAAGUGGGAAGGAUCCUGAACUCGCAGGCCGUGUAUGAAGAGUACGGUGUCAUCUUGCAGCAGUACGGUCUCACUGGCAUUACGGCAAGCAAAGAGCCGCUAAAAAAAGACAACACGUUGUUCUUCGUCAUGGUGGGACUCGUGGCAGGCCUGGUGAUCGUCCUGGUUGUCACCACAACAUCAAUGGUGUGCAUCAGGAAAAAGUACAAGACAAAGCUGAAGGCAGCCAAGGCCAUGAACACGGCAGCCAUGGCAACGACUGAGUACCAGAAGGAUGGGCCUGUUGUUCCUGGAACCAACAAGUACACCAGAGACGGGGCUAACCCAGUCCUCAACCUGAACAUUGAUACUUCCACAGACCUGGGCUUUGAUGAGGAGGCAUCAAGUGCAGACAGAGACAGCAUCAGUUCUCUAGAUGACAACAUGGACAUGAAUAUGACUGAAAAGGACAUGAUGGGAAUGUCGGUCAUCACGGAAGAAGAUGAAGAUGACUACGACUCUUUGUCCAUCGAGCCGCUGAGUGCAGCAUUGGCCCAAAGAGGGAAGAAGAAACACUCAGAAAAUCCCAGCCUUACCUUCGCCAACCCGUCCCUCAACACCACAGACCUGUAA